UAUUGACACAAAAGCGGAAAGACGGCGAUCACGUAUGAUGACGCAUGAUCGUUACGUACUAGGCAGCAGGACCUCAGUCAGAAAUGGCGACGCUGCUGCAGCCAGAGAAAGUGCUUUAUCUCGUCCGAGGCGAGAAAAAGAUUCGAGUUUCGCUCUCUCAGCUGUAUUUUUGCCGAUAUUGCAGUGAGCUGCGAUCUCUGGAAUGCGUGUCACAUGAAGUCGAUUCCCAUUUCUGUCCCAGCUGUCUGGAGAACAUGCCGUCAGCUGAGGCCAAGCUCAAGAAGAAUAGGUGUGCCAAUUGCUUUGACUGUCCAUGCUGUAUGCACACCCUCUCCACACGGGCCACCAACAUCCCAGCACCACUGCCUGAUGACCCAACCAAAACCACAAUGAAGAAGGCCUACUACCUGGCCUGUGGAUUUUGUCGCUGGACCUCAAGAGAUGUAGGCAUGGCUGACAAAUCUGUGGCCAGUGGAGGAUGGCAGGAACCUGAAAACCCUCAUACUCAGAGGAUCAACAAGCUGAUUGAGUAUUACCAGCAGCUGGCCCAGAGAGAGAAGCUGGAGAGAGACAGGAAGAAGCUGGCACGAAGACGCCCGUUCAUGCCUCAGGCAUUCUCGCAACACACUAUUCACGUGGUGGAGAAGUAUGGACUUGGAACCAGACUACAGAGACAGAGAUCUGGAGCCCCAAUCAGUGCCCUGUAUGGCCUUUCAUUAAAAGAAGGAGAGGACCAGAAGGAGAUCACUAUAGAGCCAGCACAGGCUUUGGAUGAAGUGGAGCCUCUGCCUGAGGACUAUUACACUCGCCCUGUCAACCUUCCUGAAGUAACGACUCUUCGCCAGAGGCUGCUACAGCCUGAUUUUCAGCCUGCAGGUGCUUCACAGCUGCACCCCAGACACAAGCACCUGCUAAUGAAACGCUCUCUGCGUUGCAGGAAAUGUGAGCACAAUCUGAGCAAACCAGAAUUUAAUCCAACUUCAAUAAAGUUCAAAAUACAGCUUGUGGCAGUGAGCUACAUUCCUGAAGUAAGAAUCAUGUCCAUUCCAAACCUGCGUCACAUGAAGGAGAGUCAGGUUCUGCUGACCCUGACCAAUCCGGUGGAGAACAUCACCCAUGUGUCUCUGUACACCUGUGAAGAAGGAGACCCAGAUGACAUUAACAGCACUGCUAAGGUGCUGGUGCCCUCGAAGGAACUGGUUCUGGCAGGGAAAGAUGCGGCCGCUGAGUAUGAUGAACUGGCAGAACCUCAGGGUUUUCAAGAUGACCCAGAUGUGGUGGCCUUUAGAAAGUCAAACAAGAUCGGCUUCUUCAUCAAAGUGAUUCCGCAGAGGGAGGAGGGUGAUGUCACGGUCGCUUUCAAACUCCGACAUGACUUCAGGAACCUCGCUGCUCCGAUCAGACCCACUGAGGAGGGAGAAGCCACCAGUGAGGCCAUCUGGCUCACACACCAUGUGGAGCUUAGCUUGGGCCCCCUGGCAACUUGAGAGCGUAACGCACAUGAGCUACACACACAAACGUAAACACACUCUGACGCAUAAACAGAGAAGUUAAACAACAUGUGGCACUAAACUCACACACUUACACAAUCUCUCUCUUGCUCAUGAAGUCAUUCGUUAUCUUGGUGAAGUGAGUGUAAAUAUUAUCAGGCACACACACACAUCACUUACAGGAACGCAGUUACUUAACAGUACACACACUAAGCCUACACUUGUGCCAGAUGCUUUGCGCAGUGAUCUUUCUUGCUCUGUUUGUAGCGCCCCCUGCUGAUGUAACUAAAUGCAUGUGAUUACAGUGACAUCCAUCUACUGUUAUAUUUCACGGUUCCAACUCCAGUUCUUCUCGGUGUUAAACACAUUAGGUUAAUGCUUUAUCUAGUUUUUGUGUUAAUUUAAUAUUUUGUAUUUGCUGUAAGACAAGCAAAAUGUUACUUGCAGUUGUGGCACUAAUUAGUGAGACAAAGUCAUUGGAUGUAAAACACGUUUGACAACCAACUCUGUUUAUCCCAUUAUCUGUAUUAAAUCAGAGGGUGAACACCAGUGCAUUCAGCUUUAUUUAUCUGUCUCAUGGUAGUAGCUGGAAGUUUCUAAUAUGACCGCCUUAAAUGUGGUUGAGCAGUCUUAUCCAAUAAAAUGAAAAACUUGAUGGA